GAACGAGGAAAAGAAUACGAAGAGAAUUUCUUUCUUUUUUAAAAUAAUUUGCAAAUUUUCCCGUUUGUCUUCCUCCUUAUUUCUCCUCCGCCUCUGAUUCCGCCUCCUUCCUCCGAUCAUUCCUGCUGUGCGAUUCUCGACAGGAUUUCCGUGAAGUUUCCGCCCCUCGAUCCGCCGGAAGGGGGGUUGGUUUCGCGGUUUUCCGGCGGGUUUCGAUCGUUUCGCACCGGAAUAAUACCCUGAAUAAUUGGGGAAAGGAUUAGGGUUUCCUCGUCUACUUAGGUUUAGGUCUCUGUUUCUCUCUGUGUCUCUCUCUCUGUCUGUGAACAUAGUUUGCAGAUCGCGAUUUCUCAUUAGUGUUUUCCGUUUAAGGAGCAUAGAUUGGACUAGGACGCUCUUUCUUCUUCAUUUUCUUGGUCCUCUCGAAAAUUCCUGAUCUCGGACAUUAUUGUUGGCGUUGCGUGGUCCUCUGCUGUGUUAUUGUGGUGUGCGGUCUCUGCUUUUCCUCUCUUCCUUCUCCAUUAGCUUUUUGCAUUAAAAAUGUUGGGAACGGGAUUGCAACUUGGGCGGAGUCAGGGAGACGAGAGGCCCUGUAAUCCGAUGAGAGUUCACCGGAAUCAGCAGCUUCAGAGGGCGCUUAGGAGCGCAGGCAUCCAGAUUGCGGAGCCGAAGCCAGCUGUGGCACCACAGCAGAAUAGGGAACCGGACAACCGCACAGGAACGGAGGAAUGUGCAAAGCCUAUUCCCAUGCCGGUCCCUGCGGCAAGUUUGCAAGCAAAACCGUCCUGCGGGAACCUUAAUCGGUUCCUCGAGUCGACUACGCCCUCUGUGCCUGCGCAAUAUCUGUCCAAGACAAGAAUGAGGGGACGGAAACCAUAUGAUGAUGGGUUCCAGCCUUUCUUUACGCUGGGCGAUUUGUGGGAAUCUUUCAAGGAGUGGAGCGCCUAUGGUGCGGGAGUGCCACUGGUCUUAAACGGUAGCGAUUCUGUAGUGCAGUACUACGUGCCCUACUUGUCUGCAAUCCAAAUAUAUGCUCACUCCUCCAGGACCGCAACUAAACAGAGACGUCCUGGUGAGGAUAGCGAUGGUGAUUAUUACAGAGACUCUAGUAGCGAUGGAAGUAGUGAUUGUGAAUAUGAGAGGGGUAUGAAAUAUACAAGGGAGCACUUGAAGAGACACCAUCCAGGAAUGGAGGCCAGUCUUAGAAUAGACAGGCUGUCUUUAAUGCAAAACAAUGCUUCCUUUCAGGAAGGAUUUUCUAGUGAUGACAGUGAUGUUGCAAAUUCCCAAUCGCCUUGCUUGCUCUUUGAAUUUCUUGAACAGGAUCCACCAUAUAGCCGUGAACCAUUAGCAGACAAGAUUGCAGACCUUGCUCGUAGAUUUCCUGAUCUGAAGACACUUAGAAGUUGUGAUUUGCUGUGGGCUAGUUGGAUGUCUGUAGCUUGGUAUCCAAUAUACAGAAUACCAACAGGGCCAACCCUGAAGGAUUUAGAUGCAUGUUUUUUGACUUAUCAUUCUCUUUCAACACCUAUAAAAGGUGGAGAUAAUGAUCAGGUGCCAAUUGUCAAUUCUGUACAUGUAUCCCACGGUUCUCCAAUGAUAUCUCUGCCUGUCUUUGCCUUAGCUUCAUACAAGUUCAAAGGUUCUGUUUGGAUUCCUAACGGUGUAAGCGAGCGACAGCAGACAAGCUCCUUAGUGCAAGCUGCUGACAACUGGUUGAGGCUUCUUCAGGUUGACCAUCCAGAUUUCCAGUUUUUUGCCUCUCAUGGCACCCUACGCAGAUGACACUUGAGUAAGGACCUUGGACUCUCCUUCAAUGCAAAGCCUGCUGCCAGAGAUUAACCUACAUCCUCCAGGUGACUUCCGGGCUCAUGACCCAAGAGCAUAUGGAUAAUUCAUGCUGUUUGCUAGUGAGAUAUUGUGUCCUAUGUUCCAAAAAAAGAAAAAAAAGGAAAAAUAACUAGAAAAGAGAAAAAAAAGUGAGAAAUGGGGAACUGCAUGAAAAGAAAAGAAAAUAAGUCCAGAGCAGAUGAAUGUAGUUGCAGUGUUAAGCAGGCGAUUCAGUUUUUUACUGCUGCCAUUGGUUAUGGGAAAUAUGUUGUAUCUACUAAGGCAGAAAAGCUGGCUUCUGUUGCAUGGAUAUAUGGAUAAAUCAUAAUCUACUUCAAUGCACGGGGAGAACCGAAUUGAUAGCUUGCUCUGGGUGAUGAAAGAAGGGUUUUCGGUAGAUUGUUUGACAGUUAUAUUGUUGGGUUAUUUGUCAGUAGUCUCAAGAGGAUUUUGGUACUUUAAAGAUAUGAUGAGAGAAGGUGUUUCAGGUACCCUCCCAUUAUGUCGGCUCUUGACUACCAGCUCUUUGUUAUUCUGAACUCUGAACCACGUUAUAAAUUUACGUGAAUUUAUGAAAAUCAUAGUUUAGAUAUUUUUUGCUCUAUGUAUUGUUGCUUCUCGUUUCGUAAUACUUUGUGCUAUUAAUAUGAAUAGAUGUUAUUCCUUUA